AUGACGAGCAUACUCAUCACCGGUGUCUGCGUCACCGCCAUCACGUACUGCAUCUACCUCGCCGUCUUUCGAAACCGCCACGCCCACAACCUGCCCCCCGGCCCCAGGGGACUCCCGAUCCUAGGCAACAUGCGAGACUUCCCGCCCAGCGGCAGGCCCGAGUACCAGCACUGGAUCGCGCACAAGGACCUCUACGGCGCCGUCAGCUCCGUCCGCGUGCUCGGCCAGACGAUUGUCCUCAUCCACGACCGAGACGCGGCCCACGAGCUGCUGACGCGCACGUCGUCCAAGUCGUCGGACCGCCCGACGUCCGAGUUCGCCACCAACCUCUGCGGCUACGGACGCCUGUUUGUUCUCCGCGGAGACGACAGGCGCUUCCGGCGCUGUCGGAAAAUGGUGCACCAGCACCUCGGCACCGCGGCGUCGGCGUCGAGGUUUGACGAGCCGCAGGACGCCGCGACGCGCAGGUAUUUACUACAGGUGCUCAAUAGCCCAAACAGCCUGUUUAGGCAUCUCGCAAACGCGGCCGAGGCCGACCCCCUCAUCGAGCUGAUUGAGCUGUCCGUGUCGCAGCUCGGGCUGGCCAUUGUGCCCGGCGCGUGGGCCGUCGACGUCGUCCCGGCCCUGAAGUACCUGCCCGCCUGGUGCCCCGGGGCCGGCUUCAAGCAGACGGCCAGGCGGUUCGGCAGGGUGGCGCAGCAAAUGGCCAAUGUGCCGUUCGAGUUUGUCCUGGGCCGGAUGGCGUCGGGCACGCAGCGCGAGUCGUUUGUGUCGCGGCUCGUGGCGCAGCAUCGCGAGGCGACGCCCGGCGGGACGCUGACCCCCAGGGACGAGGACGAGAUCAAGACCACCGCCGCCGUCAUGUACCUCGGGGGCUCGGAUACCAUUGUCACCGCGCUGCGGGUCUUUGUCCUGUGCAUGAUCCUGUUCCCCGGCGUGCAGCGCAGGGCGCAAGAGGAGAUUGACUCGGUCCUGGGGCCGCGCCGGCUCCCUGCUGCUUCGGACCGUCACAGGCUGCCCUAUGUCGACGCCUUGGUCAAGGAGGCGUACCGGUGGUCGCCGGCGGUCCCGCUUGGCUUGGCACAUGCUACUUCGGAAGAGGCGGUGUGUGGGGGAUAUCGUAUCCCCAAGGGCGCCAUCAUCAUGCCGGCCGUGUGGUGGUUUCUGCACGAUCCGGAGGUGUAUCCGCGGCCGGGCGAUUUCGACCCCGAGCGAUACUUGGAGCCGCGGAACGAGCGCGACCCGCGUCUGGACGCGUUUGGAUAUGGGCGCCGGCUGUGUCCGGGGAGGUAUGUGGCCGAUACUAUUCUGUAUCUGACGUUUGCGCAGACGCUCGCCGCGUUUGACAUUGGCAAGGCCGUCGAUGGGCAGGGGCAAGAGAUUGACGUGGAACUGGAGCUCGGCAGUGGAGUUGCCUGCUUUCCAAAGGAGUUUCCGUAUGCAAUUGCGCCGAGGAGUGCGGCGCAUGCUGAUAUGAUUAGGCGGAUGGAUGCUGGGAGGCUGGGAGAGGCUACUGACUUGGAUUGUCUGGACAUACGAGCAAUGAUGAGGAAAUGGGACGACUAG